UGAUCAAAUUAUUACGCUGUACACGGUUCAUUUGCUUUUAUCCAAUUUUAAAUGAAACUAACGUCAGCAUGCUGAUGCUCGUAAAUGUAAGGUGGGCACAGAAUGAGCGCGUCUUUCAUUCGUAGCCCUCUAGUGGCAAAUUGCAGGUGAAAGUGAGGUGAAACAAACAUCAAAUGAGAAACCGGAAGCAGGAAUAAAGAUCAAGACAAAACUUCAACGAUGUUUGAGGCAGCUGUGACCAAGUUUGUCAAAUCAGUCGGACAGGGCUCCCUUUUACCAGUGCCUAGCUUAGACGAGGCUGAGAAAUGUCGACCACUAGCUGUCGUUAUCAAGAAGAAACGCCGGUGGUUUUGGCAAUGUUCGAAAUGCGAACCAACUCCUUUCUUCCUACACGAACUUCUUACAGAUGAAACCACACUUGGAUUGAAAUCAGAAACAAGGGACUUAGUUACAUAUAACAGAACUAGUAGAUUUUCAGCGAAAGGAAGCAUUGGUGCCAAGUUAAAAGUAUUGUUUGAUGUAGAAUUGAGCGGGUCAGACACAGUUCUUGUUGAGGCCAAAUUUGGAGAUGUAACCAAGGAAGAAGUGGACGUGCCAACUUUAUUAGAUGUUCUUAGCCAUAGGAACUUACAACUUGAUCAUGAGUUUAUAAAACAGGUUCAGGAAAAUCCACGAAAAGUGCUCUGUGUGAUCACUGGAACUGCCGUCACUACCAAGGAUUGUACGAUUCACUCACACAUUGACUGGGAUCUAAAAGACAAGCUUUCUGUAGACAAACUGAAGGCUGUUGAUGCCAGUACUUCAGAAGAUGUUUCCAGUGACGGAGACAAGAUUUUCUCUCUUCCCGCCAAUACACCGCUUGCUUACAAUGUCACAGAGUUGAGAGUCAGCAGCACUGGGAAACUGGAACUGAUGGUAGAGGAAGGCACAAAAGGAGGGUUUGACACCGUUGAUUCAUCUGCCUAUGAAGAUAUGGGCAUAGAUAAAGAAGCUGAACAUCAACUCCAAGGCAUCUGCGGCAUGAGUGAUGAGAGCAGAAAAACCUUUGUGGGAGCAGUUUUGGACAUCUGUGAUACACCUGUUACUAUUGACCCCCUUCUAGUUUUGAUUAAACAAGCACACAAGGCUGCCUCGGCUAACACAGAGAAGGUUAUCACUGUGGACAAACUGAGGAAUACUGUUGGACAAAGUGAUGCGGUUGUUUCCCUUUUGAAACAGAUAGGCUUCACAUUCAGGGAUGACGAUGUUGUUUACCCUAAAGCAUCUCCUUUGUUGGAUGCCACAAGGGUUCUGUUUGAGGCCUUGAUAGAACUGGAUGGAGAGGAAAUCUUGGACUUCAGAGAGUGCAACUCCAAUUUAGCAAAACCUCUUUUGCAUGUACUUAACCAGGCGCUGCAUGGCCGCGAUGUUCCCCUGGAUGACAUCAAAGCUCUGUACACGGACAGGAAUCCAGCGCAGUCUUUUCUGAAUGAAAUGGAUUUCCAUAUUAAAGGUCUUGACACCCUGAACCCACCUGCUGGACAGAGCAACAAAAUGGAGGCUGCCUAUAUUGCUGUGUUAGCCUUGUGGGGUUAGAAAUUGAAGAUGGCCGUAGAAGUACAAUUAAGGACCAUUCCCAGACCCUGUUGUACUGACUGUGGCUCCAUCUAUCUCUCACUAAAUUACAAUCAACUUGCUAGGGGGUAAUUAAUUAUCGUUUAGCAGCUUCAGUAGGCAUGUCAGACAUCUAACUCACUUAAGCUGAAAGCAAUUUAACAAGAAACUCCUCGGAGAUUGAUCGAUUGAUUCUGUUAGAUUAAUCUAGGUAUGGGAACCCAGUCUUGCUGCAGUGGCAGACUGGAAGUUUUGAAUUGGAGGGGGUAUAGAUAUACAGUACUGCAGCAUGUGGUAGUAUAGGGCCUU